AUGAAAAAUAAAACCGUGUUGACUGAGUUCAUCCUGCUGGGUCUAACAGAUGUCCCUGAACUCCAGGUGAUGGUUUUCAUCUUUCUGUUCCUCACCUAUUUACUCAGCAUCAUUGGAAAUCUGACAGUCCUCAUCCUCACCUCGCUGGACUCCCAUCUUCAGACCCCCAUGUAUUUCUUUCUCCGAAACUUCUCCUUCUUAGAAAUUUCCUUCACAAGCAUCUUCAUUCCCAGGGUCCUGUUCAGCAUCACAACAGGGAACAAGAGUAUCAGCUUUGCUGGCUGCUUUGCUCAAUAUUUCUUUGCCAUAUUCCUGGGGGCCACAGAGUUUUAUCUUCUGGCUGCCAUGUCCUAUGACCGCUAUGUGGCCAUAUGCAAACCCUUGCAUUACACAACCACCAUGAGCAGCAAAGUCUGCACCCAACUUGUCUGCUCUUGGCUGGCUGGGUUAAUGGUUAUUAUACCACCAACCACUCCGAUGACUCAGCAGGACUUUUGUGAAUCCAAUAGGCUGAACCAUUAUUUCUGUGACUAUGAGCCCCUUCGGGAACUCUCCUGUUCAGACACAAACCUCGUAGAGAAGGUUGUCUUUCUUGUGGCAUCAGUGACGCUGGUGGGCACUCUAGUACUAGUCAUUCUCUCCUACACGUUCAUCAUCAGGACUGUUCUGAAACUCCCCUCCGCCCAUCAAAGGACAAAAGCCUUUUCCACUUGUUCUUCCCACUUGAUUGUCGUUUCUCUCUCUUACGGAAGCUGCUUCUUCAUUUAUGUUAAGCCCACAGCAAAAGAAGUGGACACGUUCAACAAGGGAGUAGCUCUGCUCAGUACCUCAGCUGCACCUUUGUUGAAUCCCUUCAUUUACACCCUAAGGAAUCAGCAGGUAAAACAAGCCUUCAAGGAUACAGUCCGGAAGCUCGUGCAUCUUAAGGAAUUUCAGAAUUAA